CCUUUGUAGAGAAACGUUACUAGACUGAGUACCAACGUGCUUCAUCAAAAACCAGUCUUGCCUCAAUCCUAGACUGAAUAUCAUAUUUGACUUCACUUUGAAGGUGCUUGUUUUUUAUACACACUUUCUAAACUAAACAUGUUCUCCAGAACCAAAACAAAUCGGGGCCUUGAAUUGUCAGGCAAGCAUUGGUUAAUUGCUGGUCACAUUCUCCACUUUACACUUAAGACUUCCGCUUUCUUUUUUCUUCAACAAAAUAUUGUUGUUUCUCUUCAACCGAAAUAUUUAAUUUUCACCCAUUUGAAGGCUUCAAAAAUUCUUAAGAAUUUAAUGAUAUCAAAUACGAAAACACAAAUCUGAAGCUAAAUUUCCUAAAACCACCAAAAAUCAAAUUUCUUUCUUUCCAUACACAAUAUUCAGGCCUGAGCUCAAAAGGUGAAUUGCGGCAAAUAAAGGGGAAUACCGUCGCCGUUAAAAUAGAAGUCAGGAAUUUCUAGCCGGAGGGAAAUACCUCUAUCCAGCUUUGGAUGCUGUACUCUGUCUCAGCACUAGCUUCGUACUGAGUCUUUACUAAUAAAAUGCCUCUACUUAUAUUAAAAGAAGCCAAAGGGAAUUGAGAGGUUGUAUUGGUUGCGUGAGAAGGGGUCUAGUACUGUUAAACAACAUAAAAAGGUUUAAUUUAGGACGGGGAACUUAGUGUUUGAAAAGGCAUCACGAAUACGGAACAGAAAGUACUAAUUAAAGUAGAUAACCAUCCUUACGUAUUGGUUUGCCUUUCAUCACAGGUCCCUCUUGCCAUGGAUAUUCUCAUAGCCAAGUUGAACAAAGUUUGCAUUUACACAGUUCCUGAGUACAUUAUUUACUCAGAGGCAGCAUUCCAGACUGAAGAAGCUUAUUACAAAGCAAUUGGCUAUGAAGAGGAAGCUGGGAAGAUAGAAAGUACUGAUAGUUAUGUGAAUCGCUUGAGUGCAUACAUGAAAUUAUAUGGUGCUCUUGUUCAGACUGAAGUUGAGGGCUGCAAAACUUGCAUGGCCUCAGAGAAGGUUGGGCAUGGAUAGCCAGAUUCUUAAAUGUUAUCCCUGCAAAUUUAUAUACUGCAGCUGCAUUGCAGGCUUUUCUUGAAAUGGCAGGUUUUGCUCUACACAAGAGAUAUAAGACACAAUUCAGAAAGCUGUUGGAUAUCAUUACUAAAGAUUUUCUAACUGCAUUGAAAGAUCGAGGGGAUGCAAAGUUGAUGAUGGUGACUGAGAAGCUCCGGAGUUAUAUAGAGUCAAAUCAGUUCCUGAAUGAACCCCGAAGGCUGGCGCCUCAGGAGUUCCUUGGAAUCACACAUUUUCACUCCAGAUUCAGAUCAUUGAUCAGCAGUAUCGUUACCAAAAAAAACAAAUUCCAUUAGGUCCCUUCUUUUUUCCUUCAGUUACUGAAAAAUUGUUUAAGUCCACAGACAUCAAUAAGAUGCUUUGUUCUCAUAAUUGGAUAUUGUUAAGAAGAAACUUGCAAGCAAUUGCAAAGUGGAUGUCAAGUUGGUGGCCCCACAGUGUAUAACCAACCAUUCUUAUUGGAUGGAAUGGUGGCAAAGUUUUCUAUAAAAGGAAACUUUGCUUCCCUUUUACAGACACACCAAAAAUAUUGAAAGGAAGUGAUUGCUUCUCAUUUUCCUCUCUGCUUCUUGUUUCUCCUCUUG